AUGCUCCAGUUAAAUGAGUUUGAUGAAUUCAGAUAUUUAGCUUAUGAGAAUGCCAGGCUCUAUAAGGAGAAGACCAAGUUAUUACAUGACAGGAAGAUUGCCAUCAGAGCAUUUGAGCCAAGACAGAGAUUGCUGCUGUAUAAUUCAAGGCUCAAAUUCUUUUCCGGAAAGCUAAAAUCCCGGUGGUCAGGACCGUUUGUGGUUACCAGAGCUUCACUAUAUGGUCAUGUGGAAAUACAGGAACAGAAUUCUGACAAGAAAUUUACAGUGAAUGGCCAGAGGUUGAAGCACUACCUUAGAGGUGAGAUUGAUCACCAGAGCUAUUUGAGAACAGGAACUGAAGGAGUGGCGCUGGAACUAUGCCUUACCCACAAACAAGAUCACGCGUGUGCAUACCUCACGCGUGCACGUCGUUUACGCCUUUAG